AUGGGUACGAGCCAGUCGACGCAACGGGCCGCCAAAUUUAGCGGCAACAAUCGGAGAUCGAUGCGCGCGACAGGAAGUGCCCCGUACACUGGAGCGUUGCGGAGAACCGCCUCUACAAACACCAAUCGAGCCGUGAAAGAGUUUAGCAAAUUCUGGACUCAGGGCGGCUCGUUUCAGCCGCACAACAAGCCGAACGGGCGCCGAAGUCGGCCGGGGAGCACGAGAAGGGCCGGCACGACUUCCGGCGGCUUCUCACGGUCUCAAUCGAUCGAGCCACGACACCCAGGCGGACCCAGUCUGAUCCUGACCCCGACGAGCACGCCGGCCUCUGUCAGUCCGCUGCCCCCGCGCCGGGACCCGACACGGCAUUCCGCCCAAUCUAGGCCCACCGUUGGCCAGCCCUCAAGGCCAUAUGUGGCCCCGGGCGCCCCGUUGAGCGGCCGCAGCGCCUCGCGCUCACCCCGGAGACCACCGAGCCGGACCGCUUCCUUCAAGCAGCCCGGCGCCGCCAGCCCGGUGCCGACACAUCGCAGCAGGGACCUAGAGACUAUUAUU